AAAAAAUCCAAUCCAAGAGGAUCAGGCCAUUUUGAACUGGUACUCAGCUUGUGGAAAUAUUAAUACUCCGUCGCUGAUCGCUUCAGCCAAUUUUGACCAUGACCUGUGACAGUGAAAUACGGAACAACGUCAAGCUCUUUCUGGAAGCCUAUAGAACACCUUUUGUGGUCUUCCAUCGUGAAAUUCGCCAAGACCAAUCUCUACUGAAAGACCUUGAAAAACAAGUGAUUGGUCUUUAGUAAAUUAUGAACUCGGGUCCAACCCCUCCUAUGGGCUUGGCUCGUCCUAGUCGUAGUGUUAAUCGCUACCGUUUGGAGGUUAUACAGCAUCCUCUGCGAGCGCGAUGUUGUGGAUUUGGCGAGAAAGAUAGGAGACCAAUUGAUCCUCCUCCAGUUCUUCAGCUCUUUGUAGAAGGCGAGGAUGGAGAAUUAAUAACUGUUAGCUCCUUGGAUAUCUCUUUCUUUCUAGUACAGUGCGAUCUCUACUCGGACAACGGCGCAGAAGAACGCAAUAUCGUCUUACAUCCUUCCACAGUACCUAAUACGCAUUUUACCGCAACUACUUCCACGAUCUCACCUCCGAUCUCCGGUGCAGUCUCAGUUGCAUCGGAGUCCAAGUACGGAGGUUCCCUCUCCACUGUAAUAUCCCUCAGGAACCCGACUCCAACUCGGAAUCUAAUGGGCUCCCUUAUAGCUAACGCUGUACAACUUGAAAAUCCCCAAAAGACAUCUGGCAUAUACUUUGUUUUCCCUGAUCUCUCUGUGCGCUCGGAAGGGAAAUAUACUUUAAAGUUCAUGUUUUUCGAUUUGGCAGUUGGCGAACCUUUAACAAUGAGCACAAAAGUGCAAGCUGAAGUUUAUACACAAUCUUUUACUGUGUACUCUGCUAAAAAGUUUCCAGGAAUGACAGAAUCUACUGAAUUGUCAAAAUGCUUUGCGAGACAAGGGAUAAAGAUACCAAUUCGAAAAGAAUCACGUUUUAAACGUCCAACCGAUAGGUUUUAUGGUAUGAUGAAAGUGAUAUAGAAGACUUACCGACCGACGAUAUCUCUGGCACAGGCAACCUUGAUGGGCUGACCUCACAUCAAGCAGAGCCAUCAACGAGCACUUCAAAAGAGAGUGUUGAGGAGUCGCCAACACCUUAUAAGCGACUUAGCAUCUCAUCCUAUCUGAGUGCGCAGCGCGACUGAGCCUAUUCACAC